AUGAAGAAAAUGCUAGACGGAUUAGCACUCGAGUCAUUCAAACGCGGACUACCAGACGAUCUAAUAUACGGAGUAAGUGUACAAAACCCUGAUACUCUCGAUGAGGCAUAUAAAAUCGCACUACGGCUCGAAGAAGACCUGAAAGGUAGUUCUCACCGCAACUCCAAUUAUUUAGCCUACGCGCAGUCCGAAUCAGCAAAUCUUGAUUUACCGCGUAGAACUCGAACGGUUAGCUUUCAAGACGAAGAACGCCGAAAUACCAUACCGUUCAGAUUUACUCGCGAAGACAAUAACAGACCUUCUAAUUCAUACAGUAGAUCACCGGUGCAGGAUACGACACCACCACGCGAUAAACGCAACUAUCCUGACCGUGGCAAUUCACCCUAUCGUUCGCGAAGCCGAUCACCCGGAAGCUACUAUCCAUAUUAUCCUCCACCGGGUUAUUUCCCUCCAAUUCCAUAUAUACCUCCUAUGCCAUAUCAAUACCCACCUUCUGGAGCAUACCCAUCUCCAGUACCAUAUAAUCCGCAAUAUUAUCAAAGUUAUCCUCCUCAAGAUAACAAUCAGCACAGCCCUAAUAACAAUUAUAGCAACAAUAAUCCCAAUAAUUACAAUAAUCGUAACAAUUAUGACAAUAAUAAUCAAAGAUACGGUAACAAUGGUUAUAAUAGCUAUAAUAGGAAUAAUUAUGGAAAUUACAGUAAUAAUAGCAACCCACAAAACCAACAAAAUAAUUCAAGACCAACCUCUCCUGCACCACCUAAGGAACCUUUAAACUCCAACGCAGUUCGACGGAACGACGCGACGUCGAACAGCGCGAACCCCACAGAAACGCGUCCAUCAUCAAUCAGAUUCCUGACCGUCGAAAAUUCAUAA